UCCUCCCGCUUAUUUCGCAACGCCCACUUUCAGACACGCUCAAUGUAUGCAGUUACCCAUGACUCCUAGCAGGCAAACUUGGUGCAUAGGCCACAGCACCACCCGAGUGAUACUGCCAAGCAAACUGUGACUACAUGGUAUUUGGUGAGACGAUCCUAUCAGAUCUUGUCCACCACACCACCAGCGGGAGAACCUUACCUGGGACAACACAUCAGAAUCCUAGAAUCUCCCCCUUCACUUUGGGCCAAAAGUGGUCCUCCUUUUGACCGAAUCAUCAAAAGAUUCCUUUCAAGUGCUACAGGAGGAUACUCCAGAGACAAUGGCUGAUAUUGAGAGGGACAAUCAACACACAGAUAUACUGCAGGUGCAAAUAAAACAGGAGGACGGAGAAGAGCCUCACGAUACAGAGGACCGUCUCAAGAGUUCUAAUACCGGAGAACAAAAGCCUUGUCACAUCUGCCCUGAUUGUGGUAAAAGUUAUACCCGUUCGGAUAAUCUUAAAACACACCAGAAAAUUCAUAUGACAGAGAGGCCGUACCUCUGCUCUGAGUGUGGUAAAGGUUUUACCCGCACAGAUCAUCUGAAAUCACACCUGAAAACACAUGAAAGAAAGAAGAAGAAACUUAAACACCCCUGUACUGAUUGUGUGAAAGGCUUUGUCCAUUUGGAGCAGCUUGAAAAACAUCUGGAAAAAAAUCACCUUACACACAAGGAAAAGAAACCUCAUGGCUGUCCAAGGUGUGAUGAGAGCUUUUCUGACCUGGAAGAACUAACAACACACUUGCCAGUACAUACUGAAGAGCUGGCCCUCUACUGCUCUGACUGCGGUAAGCGGUUCUUACACAAAGGAAAAUUUGAAAGACACCAGAGAGUACACAGUGGACAAAUGCCAUACAUAUGCACCCACUGUGGGGAGGGUUUUACACAGGCACAUAGUUUGAAACAUCACCAGCGAAUACACACUGGAGAGAAACCCUACCUCUGCAACGAGUGUGGGGAGAGUUUCAGACACGAUGCAACGUACAGGAGACACAAGCGCAAACACGAGCUACCACUCUCUGAAAAGAAAGCCUAUCCUUGCUCAGUAUGUGGGAAGACUUUUACCCGCUCCGAUGGAGUGAUGAGGCAUCUGAGGAGGUUCCAUUACGGAGAGAGAGCUCUCCAGUGCUCCUGCUGCGACAAACGUUUCUUUCAACAGGACACACUAACCACACACAUGAGAAUUCACACUGGAGAGAAACCGUACAGUUGCUCUGACUGUGGGAGAAGCUUCUCACAAGAUGGCGACCGAAAGAAACACCAGAAGAGGCACCACACUGGAGAGGGCACUUCACCUCUGACCCUCCAUGUGGAUGGCACAGGGACGCGCACACACACACUAUAACAGAGACAUACACACUAACAGACAGUAACAGGCAGACUCAAGACACAAAAACAGGCCAGUGGGUAAACCAGGUUGCAAUUAAGUUAUUCUGACAGCUUUGGCUUUAUUUUUUGUGUUUGUGUGUGAUAACAUGUAUUUCUCUCUCUCGUUUAAGUUCAUUGGCAAGGCAAAUUUUAGCCCAACUUCUCACUGUUUGUAAGAUGCUUACUGCUCAUUGCAGCUACUUAAGUGAUCAUCACCCACUCCAUUACUCUAUUACCCCUCUAUUCAUCCCCCCAAAUCCUUCUUUUAUAGCCUCCAUCUUCUCAUCUUCUAACCUUAGCCUAUCUAUACUCCUCUCUACCUCAACCCAGCCCGCUGUCCCUUCCUCUGUCCCAGCCCUCUGUCCCAGCCCUGCCUCAACCCAGCCGUGCCUCAACCUAGCCCUCUGUCCCAGCCCUGCCCCAACCCAGCCCUCUGUCCCAGCCCUGCCUCAACCCAGCCGUGCCUCAACCUAGCCCUCUGUCCCAGCCCUGCCUCAACCCAGCCCUGCCCCAACCUAGCCCUCUGUCCCAGCCCUGCCCCAACCCAGCCCUCUGCCCCAACCCAGCCCUCUGUCCCAGCACUGCCUCAAUACAACCCUCUGACCCAGCACUGCCUCAAUACAACCCUCUGACCCAGCACUGCCUCAAUACAACCCUCUGACCCAGCACUGCCUCAAUACAACCCUCUGACCCAGCCCUGCCUCAACACAACCCUCUGACCCAGCCCUGCCUCAACACAACCCUCUGACCCAGCCUCUAUUCUACUUCAGCCCUCCUCCGGUACUCCCUGGAUCCUGAGUGAGCCUCCACUCCCCCCUGCCCCUCAUGGCAGGUAUCAUGGACCCUGAGGAUACAAUUGUAACAGAACCCAAGGAUGAGGAUAUCCAACCUGAGGAUAGAAUCGAAACAGAACUGGAGGAUAGAAUUCUAAUGGAGCCUGAGGAUAGAAUUGGGACAGAACUGGAGGAUAGAAUUUUAAUGGAACCUGAGGAUAGAAUGGGAACAGAACUGGAGGAUAGAAUUCUAAUGGAACCUGAGGAUAGAAUCGGAACAGAACUGGAGGAUAGUGUUAAUUUAUCCAGAAGGUUCUGAUGCUGAGGAGCCAGAUGGGAUUCUCUUUGAGCCAGAGGAGCAACAAGCGGGAGAUGAGGAUGAUGAUAACAUCUUUGCCACAUGGAUGGGCCGCUACAAGAAAGCAGCAGAACAGGAGGACAAGGAUAAAGAGGUGGAGAAAAGAGAGGCAGUGAUAGAGGAGAGGAAGAACAGCUUCGAACGACAAGCUCCACCACGGGCAGACCGGCGGCAAUCACUACCCUGUCCAGUGAGUCUGUGUACAUGUGAGUUGCUGUUGUAGAGGAAUCUGCUUUGUCUUUGGGAGUUGUAUACACAGACCAGUAGGAGUGAGUUUUGAGGGUCAGAGGACUAGGACUGCUGUGUUUGACCGCUGACACUCAAGAUAAGUCAGUCACUCCGCCAGGAUCCCCUACCACACACCAACCCACCACAGGGCUCUUUAGCUCCUAGCCUGAACCCCAAAGUACAGGUAGAUAACUGUUUCUUCUUUCUCACGCUCAGUGUUAUAGGAAUUUCCAGGAGAACAAACAGGAGAGCAGUCGUAGGUUAAAGUCAAUCAAAAAUCAUUCCGGUUUAUUACAAGUUGCAACAGGGAGACACCACCUAGCACAGAAGCAGAGGAAAUGUCUAACUGGCCUCUUGGAGACGGACCCUUUUAUAUCCCUAUCAGACAGCAACACAUGUUCUGGAAACAGCAGCUAGACAUUUGAUGGAAGUCAAGACAAAAAGGCAGUGACUGUCAGCCAGAGAAAUAAAAGUUGUUACAUUGCUUUGUUGUGCCUUAGCUACAGCCAGGGGACAGGGACUAAUGGGAUUAUAAUAGGCAGGAGCAUACGUCAUUUACACCCCCCCCACUGUGUAUGUUUACUUGAGUUCCUUGUGUUGGGAAUUCAGAUUAAUUUAGUAAAUUAUCUGUCACUUAACCCCCCACUCCCCCUUCAUCUCUCUGUUUUUCUUUCCUCCUCGCUCUCUCGUGCACUUUUUCUCUCUGUCUCUGUGUGUGUGUUUCUCUCUCAGGCUCAACUCACAGCGAUGAUACAGUAAUCUCGUCUCCAUACCACUACUAGGGCCAUCGUCUCCCGCCAGGCCAAACUCCCUGCAAUGCAUCUCAUCCAUGAAUGAUCCUGGCUGCCCGAUACCAGCCAAUACUGAGUGACGAUCCUCCAUGAUUCCAUCCGCCAUUCCAGAUUAAAAUGCAAACGCGGUUCCGCAGGCGGAACGUCAUGUCUCCGGUACACUGGCGGAGUGGCUGUGGAGGAAGCAGGCGUGUUGUGUGCAGGUGGUGCUCUUGCCAGAACCACUCUACUGGAGCUCCACUCGGGUCAAAGUACCCUGAGAACCAUGUAGAACAGCCUAGAACUGGACAGAACCACCUAGAACUGGACCCAACCUCUCACAACUGCAUAUAGUUGGAAAGAACUGCCUAGACAGAACUACACCGAACCUGGAAGAACUACCCAGAACUGACGCGAACCGGUGAAGAACUGCCUGGCGUUGUAAUGAACCUUGCAGAACUGCCUAGCGUUGUAAUGAACCUUGCAGAACUGCCUAGCGUUGUAAUGAACCUUGCAGAACUGCCUAGCGUUGUAAUGAACCUUGCAGAACUGCCUAGCGUUGUAAUGAACCUUGCAGAACUGCCUAGCGUUGUAAUGAACCUUGCAGAACUGCCUAGCGUUGUAAUGAACCUUGCAGAACUGCCUAGCGUUGUAAUGAACCUUGCAGAACUGCCUAGCGUUGUAAUGAACCUUGCAGAACUGCUUAGAUACGGACAUCACUUAUUUGUAUUUAUUUUUAUUUGACCUUUAUUUAACUAGGCAAGUUCGUUAAGAACAAAUUCUUAUUUUCAAUGACGGCCUAGGAACAGUGGGUUAACUGCCUGUUCUGAAUCUAGAGCGCUGUGCUGAGAGAGACCUCUGUAUUCCCCCAAAUCCCAAUAAUCCAGUAUCUUUUAAUAUUGUUUGUGUGAUAGUGUAUGAGUGAAAUGUAUGGAUGUUUUUCCAAAGGUUUUACUUAUAAGAAUCGAUUCAACGUGUUUAUUUCAAGAUGUUGUUUGUUUAGUCAAAUAAGGGCAUUUACAUUUUUACAUUGUAUCCCAUCUACGUCUUUGUUUUCCCCUAGUCAUUGAAUAAAAUACUUGGUUGUUCUAAUUGUAAAAUGUAUACUAAGUUGUAUCAUCUUUAUUACUGUGUACUACUGUGAGGUUUCCACCACAAAUAUAAGGCUCUGCUGCCCCCUUUUGUUAUUGUGGUACUGCAGUUAUCCCCAGUCCGUCCCGUCUCCGUGGUUACACAGUGGCGGAAGUUAUCGCAAUCCACCUGUUGCACUUCGAACUAGAAAAAUAGCUCGACAAAUCGAUAUUUGACGUUCUUAAAAACUAAGUCAGUCGAAGCAACGGGAAAGUUCUAGAAUUACUAACUACAUUCUAUCCGUGUCAACUUUAAUGGACAAACUAAAGAAAGUUUUGAGUGGCCAAGAUGGCAACAAUGAUGACGGCGACAUAUUGCAAGCGGCGAACCAAGCCUCCACCCUGGGCUGGGGCACGCGCAUGAAGGGCUUUAUCGCAUGUUUCGUGCUCGGGGUCUUGUGUUCCAUUCUGGGGACAUGCUUGCUGUGGAUUCCAAGGGUUGGUCUGAUUCUGUUUGCCGUGCUGUACACACUCGGCAAUGUUGCCUCUCUGUGCAGCACUAUGUUCCUGAUGGGACCCCUUAAUCAGCUGAAGAGGAUGUGUGCCAAAGAAAGAGCACUGGCCACAGCUAUCAUGCUGACCUGUCUGGUGCUAACUAUGUGUUCUGCUUUCUGGUGGAAGAAUAAUGGUCUAGCCUUACUCUUCUGUAUUCUACAGUUUCUAGCCUUCGCUUGGUAUGGCCUGUCCUACAUUCCAUUCGCAAGGGAUGCCGUGAUAAAGGCCUUCUCUGUCUGUCUGAAGUGAGGCUGCAAACCUCCCUUUCACUCUCCCUCUGAGGGGUUAUGAUGUGUGUGUGUUUGGGGGUUGGCUAAAGCCCUCAACUCUCUGGCAAACACACAGACGCCACACAGGUGUGCUGGAAUGGUGCCCACUGAGUAAACACUCGUCAGCGAAUGCUUUCCAGAGCAGAAGUGUACCUGAGGUAUGAUGUUGUGUAGAGGAAUCUGUUUGUGAGGGAUGCCUUAUCUUAUGUGUGUGUGGUGUGGUGUCUGUCCCUUUUAAGGUUGGUGUAUAUGUGAAUUGUGUGUGUUUUUCUACACUGUGAGUCCAGCUCCUCUUAAUUUACUGUGGGGGAAGGGUCAAUGCACCACCUCUGUCAUUUCUAUAUUUCUAUAACUGUAAAUCAAACCAGACCAAAACUAUUCAGAUCUAUAUUUAGGUGCCAACAUGGUGUGUCUUCACUAGUUAGUUGUACUGUAGGUCUUUAUUUACAUGUGUUUACAAUGGACAGCUGACUACUGAUCAUUUCACCGGCUCAGGUCUGGAAAUCUGUACAGUCAGAGGACUUUUUGCACCUAAUCCCAAGUGCACCAGGAGUCUGAAUAUAAGGGCCUGCUGUUAAACGUUCUUCUAGCUGGAUAGAUAUACAGUUGAAGUUGGAAGUUUACAUACACUUAAGUUGGAGUCAUUAAGACUUGUUUUUCAACCUCUCCACAAAUUUCUUGUUAACAAACUAUAGUU